AAUUUUUUAAGAAAAGCUAUCCACUAUCGUAGUUCUGGUCCAACUUAUAAUAAUUUAAAUAAAGUUACCUUCACUAUCAUAGUUUUGGCCCAACCUACAGAAUUUUUUAAAAAAGUUACCUUCGCUAUAAUAGAUCUGGCUCAACUACCUAGAAUUUUAAAAAAGUUAUCUUCAUAUAAUAGACCUGGUCCAACUUGCCAAAAUUUUAAUAAAGUUACUUUUGUUGAAAGAGUUUUGGCCCAACAUACUAGAAUUUUAAGUUACCUUCGCUAUAC